UGCCAAAUGAUAGCUUGAAGGAACGGAUGCAAAAAGAACCAGAGCAGGUGGUCACGAGCACUUCUUCUCUUCUGCAUCCCUCUAAAAACUGUCCAGACACAGACCUUGUUCAGAAGGAAGCUGAACCAAAGCAAGUUACAAAGAACCACAGUCCUGAAGACCAAGGCAGCAAUACACUCAGCAACAAAAGUAGGGUGGGAUGCGGAAUGGAUCUGCCAAGUACCAAGGAAGACAUCAAUGUGGUACAAGAUAUUGAAGUGCUGCAGAAAGUAGAAAUGAUGGAGAGUGCUACUGUAUGCUAUGAACAAAACCAAGCUACAGUAGAUAGACAAAGAGUAGCAAUUAAAGAGACAUUGUCUCAGACUGCUUUGUCUCAGGAGAAAGGAGGAACUGAAACAGGGGAGUGCACUUCAGAUGAGGAAGAGCUCGAUACUGUUGUCAGACAUGCAGUGCAAGGAUGUAAGCCAAAGUCUUCUCUGUGUAUGAAGAGAGAUCUUGAACAGGAAUAUGAAGAAGGGGAGUGUGCAUCAGAUGGGGAAAGGCUUCAUGUUGACAAACAUGGAGAGCAAACAUCUAAUAAAGAACAUGAAGAAGUAAAGUGCUCAUCAUCAGAUGAGAAAGGGUUCCUUACUCUCCAACAAACAGUUGUAGUGCAAGCAUCUGAUAAACAGACUCGGUCAGAGGAGAUAGAUGUAGCAGAACAAGAACCUGAAGAAGGCGAGUGUACAUCAUCAGAUGAGGAGGAACUUGACACCACCAUCUUGUUGCCUUUUAACACCUUAGAAGAGAAAGGGGCACACAACUCCAUCGAGAUGGAGACUGGCGCUUCCUUCAACAGUGACACCAGCCUACCACGCCCCUCCACGCCCUGCGGUCUGCGCCAGGAGAUGACCUUGGACCAGUUCUCUGUCCUUGACCCCGACGACCUCCGGUGCCAGAGCGCCAUGUCCAUCGAUGUGCGUCUCAUCCCGUCCACCCCCUCGGGAAAAAUGGGCCCACCCAGCCGGGGGGCAACGCCCACGGGUAAGGACGCCGCCCCGACACCUGGGAAGUCGCAGCCUUCUCUUCCAAAGACACCUGCGGAGAAAAGGCAGUCAGGUGCGUUCCGACAGCUGUUCACCUCUCCUCCAGGUGGCAGGUUCGCUAGCACACCUGCCGCUGAGAGGCCGAAGCCGCCAAAGUUCCAGCUCGACGUGUCCGUCAUCAGUACAAAUAAAGAGGAGGACAGUCAUUGCCUGGAACCUUUUGCAAUGGGAGAGGCAGUAGAUAAAACCUUGCAGGAGAUCAAGGACACUUCGAGAGAAGCAGACACAGUAAAACCACUCCUCGAGACCGCUAACACAACAGUCCAGGACAGCAACAAGCUGCAUACUAAGGAUGUAAAACAUUUGGAGAUGGAUAAAAUUUGCAGGAAGAUGGAGGAAGAAAGGAAGACACUCGGUGAAAAGAAAACUUUCUCCUCCCCUGGAAGUGGGACAGUUGACACAAUUGUUGCCUCCUCCCCCAAACUGCCUCCUCCCAGGAGGCUUCCCAGCAAAACAGAUGCCUUCAGAAAACACAUGGCUGAUGACAACCUUAAGAAAGAGAAGGAGGAUACCAGAAAACGUAAAGAAGAGAGUCAUAGGAAGUCUAAGUCUGUAAGAACACCGGAAAAAAGGAUAGAAAGGAAAGCUUUGGAUCCUUCUGAUUUCUUCCCAGACGUCUCAAGUGAUGAAGAUGACAUCUCAGAUGGUCUUGAAGAUCAAGAGGAAGAAAGAGUGGAGUUACCUUCUCCUAAGAGCAAGUUUUCACUUGGGUCACCAGCAGAUAGACACACUCCAAAUUGUCUGCAAGAAGUGUCUUCAGUCAGGAAACAGUCUCCGAGUUCUGAAGUACCCUGGCAGCAGGAGGUGGAAGAAACUGCUAUAAGAAAGCAAGUAGACAUGUCAAGUGUCUUCCCAAGAGCAAAGGUGUCAGAUCUGGCCACUUCUUCAUCGAAACAACCUGCAAAGCAAAUCAGCACCAACAGUCCUGUAUCAGAAAUUCAUCAGAAGGAUGCUAGACUGGGAGCGAACAGCUCAAAUAGACAAGCUGCUGUCACUUUUGGAAAAGCAGUGCCUGGUACAGGUCAAGGUUCAAACAUCAACCCCAUUAAUGUUGUGGACACUGCUGUGGUGGAAACAGGUAGCAGUCAACCUACCACUGCACCAAGCAUAGAAGCUGCUGAUAGUCACACUACCACUUUAUUAAAGAAAAGACACAGUAGCGUUUGUAAGGAGGAAUCAGAAACUUCCUCCAUGGCAUGGCACGAGCAGGAUGUGGUAGCCAACACUGUGGUUAUGCCAGCAGAUAUAUCUGGAUUAGAAGCACCCAUGGCUGCAACAAGUCCUCCCCCUGAUCAGAUCACCAGCUUGGCAAACCCACCAAGUGUGGGAAUGUCAUCAGAUGUCUCACCGUCAGUUCCAGCAAACAUUCAGACACAGAGUGAAGCUGUACCACUCCCAACCCAGCCACAACAUUUACUCUGUACAACAGGCAAGCCCCAUGGAGGUGUUGCUUUUCCACAGCCAUCCCUGCAUGACCAUUCAACUUUUCUUCCUCACAAUAUCUCAUCAGAACCCUGUGUGCAAAAUUCCUUCAUCCCAGCACCUCUAGAAGCUAAAGUAGAAGAUGUCACCAUCCUAGGGUCAGCUCCCCCUAUCUCGUCCGCAGAUGGUAUAUUCCGAGUUCCUCUCCCACCUGCGAAUCGUGACCCACCCCCUCAGCCCAUGUCACAACCAACACCGCCAGUUUUCGUAGCAGAGAGGCCGGUCAUCAAGCUGAACAAGUUCUCAUAUGCGGCAAUCUGCGCGCUGGAGGCAAACUAUGGGUACGAAUGGCUGUGGCCGGUAAAACCACAACCACAAGAGUCGCUAACUGCGAAACAGGAGCCGGAUUUUUUGCCAACAGGUGGUGAGGAGACAAAGAUGUUUGUAACAACCUGCGAAAACAAUGUAGCAGCCACACAUCAACAACAACCCCUGCAAAAUCAUCAGUUUUCAUCAAAAGCGCAAAUAUUAGAGCCUGUUGUUGGUGGGAAAAGUUUUUCUUCCAUCCCUAUUGAAAACCAAGAUCACAGUCGUGUAGUGCAGACAGUGUCCCAUGGAAGGGACAGAACCUCGGGGGUGGUCACUACAAAAAUGAAAGGAAAGACAGUGAAGGACCUGCUUUCUGAGUCGAGGAAACAAAAAGGAAAAUCUCAGCAGCAAAGUGGGUUCGUGGCAGGUAGAGAAGCAGUGUCAGCAAACACUAGACCAAAAAAGCAGGUGCAGCAAAGUGUACCUCAAACUCCUCUCCCACCUGGGACAGGUGUGUUUCUGCCAAGUGUGUCACAGAGACAAGGUGUGUCACAGGUACAAGGUGUGUCACAGGUGCCAGGUAUGUCACAGGUGCCAGUUGUGUCACAGGUGCCAGGUGUGUCACAGGUGCCAGGUGUGUCACAGGUGCCAGGUGUGUCACAGGUGCCAGGUGUGUCACAGGUGCCAGGUGUGUCACAGGUGCCAGGUGUGUCACAGGUGCCAGGUGUGUCACAGAGACAAGGUGUGUCACAGGUGCCAGGUGUGUCACAGGUGCCAGGUGUGUCACAGAGACAAGGUCCAUGA